AGGCGGAGGAGGUGGUAGCAGCGGCGCUGGUCCUGGCGGGAGCGAAGGAGACGCUGGUGCAGCGGAGCGGUACAACAAUGAAAUCAGUCAUCAUGCCAACAUUGCUUUGCACUGGUACUAAAUGGUGGGCAAAAUAGUUUUCCUGAGAGCAUCAGAAGAACGUUUUUGGUUACAAAGAAUGGCUCAACAGCAAGCACUGAGAUUUCGUGGUCCAGCUCCUCCACCAAACACUGUUAUGAGAGGCCCACCACCUCUUAUGCGUCCUCCACCACCUUUUGGUAUGAUGAGAGGCCCACCUCCACCACCUCGGCCUCCUUUUGGACGUCCUCCGUUUGAUCCAAAUAUGCCUCCGAUGCCACCUCCUGGAGGAAUUCCUCCUCCUAUGGGACCUCCGCACCUACAGAGACCGCCUUUCAUGCCUCCUCCUAUGCCACCCCCGCCUGGUAUGAUGUUUCCUCCAGGGAUGCCACCAGUGUCUGCCCCUGGAACACCAACUAUGCCACCUAGUGAAGAGAUAUGGGUAGAAAACAAAACUCCAGAUGGAAAGGUUUAUUAUUAUAAUGCACGGACACGUGAGUCAGCAUGGACUAAACCUGAUGGAGUGAAAGUUAUUCAGCAGUCUGAAUUGACCCCAAUGUUAGCUGCCCAAGCUCAGGCCCAGGCCCAGGCUGUAGGUGCCUCAACACCUACUACUAGUAGUCCUGCAUCAGCAGUAUCUCCAUCUACAUCAUCAAGUAGCUUGUCUUCUACAACAUCUACUACUACAACAGCAACUUCAGUUUCACAAACAGUUUCCACACCUACAACACAAGACCAGACCCCCAGCUCAGCUGUUUCAGUUGCCACACCUUCAGUCAGUGUUUCAACCUCUGCUCCUUCUGCUACACCUGUGCAGACUGUACCCCAGCCAGUCCCACAGACGCUGCCUCCUGCAGUUCCUCAUGCAGUUCCUCAGCCAACAGCAGCAAUACCUGCUUUUCCACCAGUAAUGGUACCUCCAUUUCGUGUUCCCCUUCCUGGCAUGCCUAUUCCACUUCCAGGUGUAGCAAUGAUGCAAAUAGUCAGCUGCCCGUAUGUAAAGACAGUCGCUACCACCAAGACCGGUGUCUUGCCAGGAAUGGCUCCUCCCAUUGUACCUAUGAUCCAUCCUCAGGUUGCUAUUGCCGCUUCACCUGCUGCAUUGGCUGGAGCAACAGCAGUCUCUGAAUGGACAGAGUACAAAACAGCAGAUGGGAAGACAUACUACUAUAAUAAUAGGACCCUAGAAUCAACAUGGGAGAAGCCUCAAGAACUGAAAGAAAAAGAAAAAGUAGAAGAAAAGAUGAAAGAUAGCAUUAAAGAACCUGCUGAGGAUCCUUUGCCUAUGGAAACAGAAGAGGAAGAACCCAAAAUUGAACCCAUCAAGGAACUUAUAAAGGAGGAGCCCAAAGAAGAAGAAAUGACUGAAGAAGAAAAAGCUGCCCAGAAAGCAAAACCUGUUGCUACUACACCUAUACCUGGUACUCCCUGGUGUGUGGUGUGGACAGGUGAUGAACGGGUUUUCUUUUAUAACCCUACCACUAGACUAUCAAUGUGGGAUCGACCAGAUGACCUAAUAGGAAGAGCGGAUGUGGAUAAAAUUAUUCAGGAACCUCCCCAUAAAAAAGGAAUGGAUGAAGGAAAAAAACAAAUAAAAGAAGAGCAUGAAAUGUUAGAAGAAACCAAUGAUGAUGAGCCUGUUAAAGCAAAGAAGCGGAAGAAAGAAGAUAACAAAGACAUUGACUCAGAAAAGGAGGCUGCCAUGGAGGCGGAAAUUAAAGCUGCUCGAGAAAGAGCCAUUGUCCCUCUCGAGGCUCGAAUGAAACAGUUCAAGGACAUGCUUCUGGAAAGAGGGGUUUCUGCUUUUUCUACAUGGGAAAAAGAGCUACACAAAAUUGUUUUUGAUCCCCGGUACCUCCUUCUUAACCCCAAGGAAAGGAAACAGGUAUUUGAUCAAUAUGUGAAAACCAGGGCAGAAGAAGAACGUAAAGAAAAGAAAAAUAAAAUAAUGCAGGCCAAAGAAGAUUUCAAGAAAAUGAUGGAAGAAGCAAAGAUUAAUCCUAGAACUACUUUUAGUGAAUUUGCAGCCAAGCAUGCUAAAGAUUCACGUUUCAAAGCAAUUGAAAAAAUGAAAGACCGAGAGGCCUUGUUUAAUGAAUUUAUCACAGCAGCAAGAAAGAAGGAAAAAGAAGAUUCGAAGACCAGAGGAGAGAAGAUUAAAAUGGACUUCUUUGAACUGUUAUCUAAUCACCACUUGGACAGUCAGUCUCGCUGGAGUAAAGUGAAGGACAAAGUAGAGACUGACCCUCGCUACAAAGCUGUGGAUAGCUCUUCGCAAAGGGAGGAUCUUUUUAAACAGUAUAUUGAAAAAAUAGCCAAAAAUGUAGACUCUGAAAAAGAAAAAGAACUGGAAAGACAAGCACGAAUUGAAGCAAGCUUGCGUGAACGAGAGAGAGAAGUUCAAAAAGCUCGUUCAGAGCAGACAAAAGAAAUUGAUAGAGAACGAGAACAGCACAAACGAGAAGAGGCUAUCCAGAAUUUCAAAGCUCUCUUAUCUGAUAUGGUGCGAUCUUCAGAUGUGUCAUGGUCUGAUACAAGGAGGACACUCCGAAAAGACCAUCGUUGGGAAUCUGGCUCCCUUCUGGAAAGAGAAGAGAAGGAAAAACUUUUUAAUGAACACAUUGAAGCACUUACAAAGAAGAAGAAAGAACAUUUCCGGCAACUUCUAGAUGAAACUUCAUCAAUUACCUUAACAUCAACAUGGAAAGAAGUAAAGAAGAUAAUUAAAGAAGAUCCCAGGUGCAUUAAAUUCUCUUCCAGUGACAGGAAAAAGCAAAGGGAGUUUGAAGAAUAUAUCAGAGACAAAUAUAUUACAGCCAAAGCUGAUUUCAGAACACUUUUGAAAGAGACCAAAUUUAUAACAUACAGAUCCAAAAAGUUAAUCCAGGAAUCUGACCAACACCUGAAAGACAUAGAAAAGAUAUUACAGAAUGACAAACGUUAUCUGGUACUAGACUGUGUGCCAGAGGAAAGACGAAAACUCAUCGUAUCCUAUGUUGAUGACUUAGAUCGCAGAGGUCCCCCUCCACCUCCCACAGCUUCAGAGCCUACAAGGCGAACAACAAAAUAAUUAUAAAUAUUCUUGAACAAAAGAUUUAUGUUAAAUCAAGAAAAUUGCAUGAGCCAUCUGUCAGGUCUAAUCAUAUACAUUACCAUGAACCUAUUGCAAAACCAUCCAGGAAGCAGCAUUUAUGAACAUUAAGCAGUCUCUGUACAGAGAGAAUAUUUGCAUUAUUUAUGCUUUUUCUCUUUGUUGCAUGACUGACAAAUAUUCUAACCAUGCAGCUAUUUCCAGUGAUUUUUCAAUCCUAGAACAAUACAGUAUCUGUGUACAAGGUUUGGAUGUUGGUAGCAUUUGGAGGUGUUCUUCUCGACAGUGUUACAUGUCAAAGCAAUGGGAAGAUUGAUAUAUGGCUUGAAGUUGAGAACUGCAAAAGUACCCCACAUGUCCUAAUGGGAGAGCCAAGGUCAUGCACUCUGAGGAUUAAUCUGUGGAGUGUUGAAGACUGCAGUGAGAUAUUGCCCUUUCGUGAACCUGAAAAUAUAGGGCCUAAUACUUUACUCAUGUGUGGCUUUUCCUGCAUAAAUCAGGAUUAACUCCAUUAAUGUCCAGUCCAGCAUGAGAGGAAAAUAAACCUUGCAGUGACCAAAUUAAAUAAACACCAUUUAAUCCAGUUCACAAGCCUGCCUUGAUUCCUCCCCCCUCCCCCUGCUCCCGCUGGUUAGGCACAAUCAAGUGGCUUUGCCUGGUAGCUUGGUAAUGUUUUGCUCUAAAAUGAAAGUGCAGAGGGGAAAAAAAAUUGCCAGGAUAGCACGGUUGUACAAAAACACUUUUUAUUUACCAUUAAAAUAUCUCUUAUCAGCUUUGGAUUAGAAUAUGGAUUUUCUUUCUGGAUAUUUCUUGUAAACUAUGUUUCUGUUUUGAAUGUUAAACUUGUGUUUCUAUAGUUUAAUUUUGAAAUGUUGGGAUUGUUCAGUUUAUGUAUUUGAACUACAAUAAACCAACCCUUUUUAUAUAUGCAUUGUACAUACUUAGUAAUUGUGUGUUACAUUCUAAAGAUAUAAUUAUCAAAUAAUCACCUGA